CGCAGUCUGCGGACACGGCCAUCGUAUCUUCAUCAUGCAGGCACUACCGCAUCUCGUACCGCCAUUAUUACCACCUGCGCCAUCGUGGUACCCAGGCCAUAUGGCGAAGUUUGCGCAGAACCUACCCGCGCUGCUGACGCGGACGGACGUGGUGUUGGAGGUCCGCGAUGCGCGGCUUCCACUCACGAGUAUCAAUGGGAAGCUCGAAGGUGCCCUGCAACAUUGGCGCUUUUCUCGUGGCCGCUACACAGGCUUCAACUUUGGCGCGACCGCCGCAGCGCCCUCGUUCAACCCCGCACGGGCCAUAGGCGGUCCUCGCGCUUUGGCGCUAGCCUCCCCCGGCACAGGAGUCGCUUGCGAACGUAUAGUCAUAUUUAAUAAACGUGACCUCGUUCCGGAAUGGGGCCUCGAGCCGUUCCGUCGAGCCAUGGCCGCCAAAUUUCCCGACCAACGCGUGCUCUAUACGUCGUGGCACAGACGCGCCGACGUGAAGGCGCUUCACCAGCUCCUCGUAAAUGUAGCGCAGCAGCACGCCGGCGCGCCCGAGCUCAACGUUCUCGUCGUUGGCAUGCCUAACGUCGGAAAAUCGAGUUUACUCAAUGCGCUCAGAAACAUCGGAAUUCGCGGUCCGACGCCGAAAGCUUUCCAGACGUCGGUCAACCCCGGUCUGACCCAGGCCCUCUCAACCCGCGUCCGAUUAUCCGAGUCGCCGUUAAUAUACGCGUACGACUCCCCGGGCGUCAUGCUUCCUUACCUCGGAAAGGGCGACCGCGGAGCUGAGCGUGGAGUCAAGUUUGCAUUAAUAGCUGGUAUCAAAGAAGGCCUUUACGACGCGAAGUCGCUCGCCGCUUAUCUGCUCUACAGGCUCAACGUAUUAAACCCAAUCGCCCCGGCUUAUCUGACCUUACUCCCGCCAUCGACGCCGCCGACGAACGACGUCCUGCAGUUCCUGGAGCAGCUGGCGGACAGGCUGCGGAUGCUCAAGCGCGGCGGCGAGAAGGACGUGCACAGGGCCGCGACGUGGUUCAUCAACUGGUGGCGGGACGGCGCGCUCGCCUCCGCCGCCGCGCCGAGCACCGCGCCACUGAUCGAGGCCUCGACGCAGACGCAGAUCUUGCACGAGGCCUCUUACGACCCGACCUCCGACCCCUCCGCGCGGCUGCCCGCGCACCGGGUCGGCUGGGGCUUCGACCUCGAGUGGACGCACUCGGCCGAGGCGAGCGCGGGCGAGGAGCUCGACGCGGUGCUGCAGCGGCACAUGGAGGAGUGCAUCGAGCGGUACGUGUGGGAGACGGUCGCGGAGGAGCGCGAGGGCGGCGGGGUGAGCAAGAGCCAGGAGAAGAGAAGGGUGCGGGAGGAGAAGAUCGCGAAACGGCUCGCGAGGGUGAAGCGGAUUCUGGGCAAGGCACCGACGUGGUCGUCGCGCCAUUCUGGACGAUGACUUACCGUCCCCGGCAGCGUACAUAUACCUCUUAGAACGUCCAUAAUAAUCGCGUGUUCUUUCUAGUCACGUACUAACCACUCAACGCAAGGAAACAUUCGGUCCGUAGACUAUAUUUGCAGCGCGCUUGUGACCAGGCUCUCCGU